UCCUACCUAGGUGGACUCGUAGUUUGUUUUAUUUUAUGUCUGUUUGUUUUGUAUCGUAGCUUUUAAGUUGAAGAAGGUGCUAACUUGGCACCAUUUGGAUAAGUCUUUCUGGACGACGUCUUCCCAGGUUUGAAAACAAGUUCACUUUGACAUGUCACGGUAUAAAACAAUGCGCUAGCGUGGGCUUAGUUUUUUACUUUUACCUUCAUGUUAACCAAUUGCUUUGUAAACCAAAACACGUAAUAAGCAAGCCUAAUCGUUCAAGUACAUAUUGAAUGAAAAGCUCUUAUUAGCUUAAAAACCCCUGAGACCAAGUGUAAUGCAUGUGACCGAUGCGGCAAACUCUUCAUUCUUGUGGCUUUUUAUGCAUUUAAAAAUAUGCAUGGAUAUCAAUGAGUUAAAAAAAAACUAAAUAUUCUGUCAUGAGUGUGACAUCUUUCAGGAGAGACCUUCAGAUUAUAUUUGAGUAUCUUUGUUUUGCUGAAUUUGGUGGUAAACAGGAAACUGUUUGACUCGCACUGAAGAAGUUUCUGAAAAUGAACAGAAAUAUGAGUUGGAUACUUAAGAAGUAAUGAGGUUUGUAAGCCCUAAUGCGGAAUACAGUGGCUUUUGUUUGAACCGUACUUAUAAGGCCUGUAUGAUUGUUCCCAUUGUUUCUUAUUUCUUUUAUUUUUCUCUCCCUCCUCUGUCCAAAGGGUUAGUAAAAUGAAUGACGGUAAUGGCGCGGCCAGUGAACCAUAAAGAAGUCGAAAACAAUAUCAGCUGCGUGGAUCUGUCAGUUGCAAAUGUGCUGUGCUGGCCUUUGUUUAUGGUUACUGGAAGGAGAGGGGGGGUAAAAACUUGAGGGUAUUUAAAUUCUCAGUGCAGGAAACUAGGUUAGAAAAAAAGUGUUGGCUUUCAGACGGACCCAUUUCCAAGUUCUUCUUUGCUGAGAGAUUACAACUAAAGGGGGGAAUUGGCAAGUUUUCUACAGAAGCACCUCACAACACUUCCCUUCCUCCCGUAUUUUAAAGGGGGGAAAGAGAAACAAAGUUGUAUAAAGGAGAGGCUGGUGGCAAGAGUGUAGAGGAGUAGCAUAUGGCACUAAAAGGAGCACAGCUGGAGGUAGCAUUUCCAUCUGAACAUGAUGUCAGAGCAGCUGACAGACUGCCAUCCCCCAGUCUUUUCUUCUAACGCACAGACUGGGAGUUAGUGUGUGUGCGGAUCUGUGUGCAGGAGGAGGCAUCGCAUUCCCCUUCAACAUCUCCUCCACUUUGCAUCUGUCCCUCACAGUUUGAUUUUCUCUCUCUUUCUCUCACGUCUCUACCCUUUCAUUGAUUCGGCGAAGGGAGUUACAGCCGGCGCUACCACAACAGUGGACUUAAUCAAGUUGAUGCGUACUGCAGGUUAUGAAGACAGCAUGGAGUUUCCAGACCACAGCAGACAUUUGCUACAGUGUCUGAGCGAGCAGAGGCAUCAGGGGUUCCUUUGUGACUCCACUGUGCUUGUCGGUGAUGCCCAGUUCCGAGCCCAUCGUGCAGUGCUGGCUUCAUGCAGCAUGUACUUCCACCUCUUUUACAAGGACCAGCUAGACAAAAGGGACAUUGUUCAUCUGAACAGCGACAUUGUCACGGCCCCGGCCUUCGCUCUCCUGCUUGAGUUCAUGUACGAAGGAAAGCUCCAGUUCAAAUCGCUUCCAGUGGAGGAUGUGCUGGCUGCUGCCAGCUACCUCCACAUGUACGACAUCGUCAAAGUGUGUAAGAAGAAGCUCAAGCAGAAGGCCACGGCCGAGGCCGACAGCACCAAGCGGGAGGAGGAUGCUUCCAGCUGCUCGGACAAGGUGGAGAGCUUCUCGGAAGGUGGAAGCACGGGCCGGCCGACCACCGCCGACCUGCUGCAGAGUGACGACGAGGACAUGGCGAACAAGCGGGACAGCCUUCAGGAGCCGGGGAGCAUGUGGAUGCGUCUGCCUUCCGACCGGACCACGUCUCCCACCACUAGCCCCAGGGAGGCGGAAACACACGGCCCCGACGCUGGCAAAUCUCCUGCCGGCAGCCCCAGCAGCUCCACAGGCUCCCUGUCCCGUCGCUCGGCUGUGUCUCGGAGAGUCUCCGCUGACACCGAUUGUGUGCUUGACCUCUCUGUGAAGUCCGGUCUGGGCGGAGGUCCUGGGGAGACCAUGGCUGGCAACCCUUAUUUCUGCAGCUCUGUGACCCCAGACAGCCUCCAGAGUGCCCUGGUUCAGGUCAAGGUGGAAAAGGACACGGGCUCGGACGAUGACGAGCUGGUGAGCGGCGACUACGAGAUGGAGCACAGCGGUGUCAAGGAGCCACCCAGCACCAACGGGACUCACAUCAGCCUCGUGGCGCAACGGCGCUUGGGCCUGGAGGCUCACCUCUCGGCCCUGCGUGAGGCCUCGCUGGCCAGCGAGCUGGAGCGGGAAGACAAAGGAGGCGACGACGAUGCAGACGUCUUAGGAGGGGACAGCGAGCGAGCACACGAGGCUGCGGGGGUCGAGAACUCCCUGUUGCCUUACGUCUCCAGCAUGCUGGGGGCUCCACAUACUCAGAUCUUCAUGUGCCCCUUAUGCAACAAGGUCUUCCCCAGCCCACACAUCCUGCAGAUCCACCUCAGCACGCAUUUCCGCGAGCAGGAAGGUGUACGGUCCAAGCCGGCCGGCGACGUCAAUGUCCCCACCUGCUCCAUCUGUGGCAAAACCUUCUCCUGCAUGUACACGUUAAAGCGUCACGAGCGGACGCACUCGGGCGAGAAGCCCUACACAUGCACUACUUGCGGCAAGAGCUUCCAGUACUCACACAACCUAAGCCGACACGCCGUCGUGCACACGCGUGAGAAGCCGCACGCCUGCAAGUGGUGCGAGCGGCGCUUCACGCAGUCAGGGGACUUGUACCGACACAUCCGCAAGUUCCACUGCGAACUGGUGAACUCGCUCUCGGUCAAGAGCGAGUCGCUCAAUCUACCCACGGUCAGAGACUGGGCACUGGAAGAUAGCUCUCAAGAACUGUGGAAAUGAAAGCUAAACUGAUAGCAGACUGUUUGAACUGCUUGUUAAAUUAAUGAGAGAGAUCUGAGUGGCAUUUUGUUGGGGCAGAGUGGUGAAGGUAAGAGUGGGGCGGAGUGACGGCCGAAGGGUCUGAAUCAGUCAUUUUUCUUGUAUGUACAUUGCAAAUCUUGUUGAAUUGCACUUUACUAGCACAUGAAAAUGUUACUACUGAUU